AUGUUGAGAUCUGCUAUAAUAAAAAGAACUGUGGCUAAGCCAGCUGUUGGUGUUCGUGGUUUGCACAUUUCCCAAACCUUAUACAACAAUAAUAAUAGCCAAAACACUCAGAAUCCUAUGAAGGUAUUCUUUGAUACCUUUAAGAACGAAGUCAAGAAGUCGAAUGAAUUGAAGGACAACAUCAAGGCUUUGCAAGAUGAGACCGGAAGAUUAGGUGAAUCUGAUGCGUUCCGUAAGGCCAAAGAAGCUUAUGAAAAGGCCCAAGAAGGUAGUACUGCUGCUGGGAAAGUUGCAAAGAAGACCGCAGAAGCUGUUGGUACCGCAGCAGUUAAGGCUUGGGACUCACCAGUCGGUAAAGGUAUCAGAACCACUGUUAACGUUACUGCCGAUGUCGCUGACAAGGCGUUUGAUCCUGUUCGUAAGACCCAGGUUUAUAAGGAUGUUUCCAACAUUAUAGAUGACGGUUCAUCUACGGCAUAUGGUGGGUUCUUAACCAAGGAACAAAGAGAGGAGUUAAGAAAGAAGGAGUUGGAGCGUAGACAACAAAGUGGCUCUGGAUGGAAACCAAUCAAGGAGAACGAGGAAGCCGGAUCAUCUUUGGUGGCAACUGACAUCAAACCCACAGGACCAAGUGUUGGAGAAAAAUGGGAAGAUUUCAAAUUGAAAUCACCUGUUGGUAAGGGAAUUGUUGUGUUAAAGGAGAAAUGGGAUGAAUCUGAAAAUGGGUUGAUUUCCUUAAUCAGAACCGUUGUUGAAAAGGUUACUGGAUUCUUUUCGGAAACAGAGCAAGCUAAAGUUAUCAAACAAUUCAAAAUGAUGGACCCAAAUUUUAAAGUCACUGACUUCACCCGAACCUUAACCAACUACAUUGUGCCUGAAUUGUUGGAUGCCUACAUCAAGAAUGACGAUGCCUCUUUGAAGGAAUGGUUAAGUGAAGCACCCUAUAAUGUUUGGCAAGCCAACAAUAAACAAUUCAUCCAACAAGGAGUGUUUUCCGAUGGUAGAAUCUUGGAUAUUCGUGGUGUGGAAAUCGUCACUUGUAAGAAUUUGCAACCCAAUGACAUCCCAGUGAUUGUUGUCUCGUGUCGUGCUCAAGAGAUUCAUUUGUACAGAAAGGCAAAGACCGGUGAAAUUGCUGCCGGUACCGAGGACCAUAUACAAUUAUCAAACUACGCCAUGGUGUUCACUCGUAAUCCUGAGGAGUUUGACAAUAAGACCACCGAAGGCUGGAAGGUACUUGAGUUUGCUCGUGGAGGUACCAGACCUUUCCAUUGA